AGGGUAUAAACAGUGAUAUGAUUAACCAUCAUUAAAUAUUCUUAAGGCGGUAAAAGAACGUCGUGACGGAUCGUGUGCACUAUGCAAUCGACGCCGAUGCUCCGGUCGUUUAGCACGGAUUCGUCUCAACAGAAAAGGGACUGGAAGCAGAGGCUUAGUCUACGGGAGAAGCGGAAGGAUACGGACGGUGGUACAUUACGUCGAGGCGUAGUGAGACGAUGGACGAGCCUGAAACAACACCCCCGUACCGGUGCCGAGCCGCUUGCGGAGUCGGGAACUGGAACGGGCAGCUCCACAUCGACGCCCUCAUCGACGGCAAACACGAGUCCGUUGCCUGCGGCCUCAACCUGCGUUGAAACGGUUCGGAAGAGCAAUUGGCAGGUCAUCGAGCACUUUAGUAGCAAAGAAAAGGGCAGUCUCUCUUCGAGUUUGAUUGCGGUUGGCAGCGUGUCAAGAACGCCCCCGGCCAAAGGGGAGAACGGUUCAGCACCGAAUUCCAGUCCCGACGUCGAAGGACAUGAGGUGGAGGCGGUCGAACUGUUAAUUUCGUCGUCGCCGAAACAGACGACCGGAGUUUUUGGAAAAAUCUUCCGGCUCGUCCAGAAACUAUGUAGCACGCACCAAUUCAAGAAUGAACAGGUGGAAAUGCUGUAUCAGCGAUACUUCCUGAAAAUGAAUCAGAGCAACAUGACGAAUCUGAUCACGUUGCUGUUGCUGCUCUGCAUUGGAUUUUUGUUUUUGGCCGCCGCCGAUUUUGUCAUUGGCAAACAACCGGAUACAGAUCAAAAUCCCGCCUACAGGCUCGACAAACUUCUAGUCUUGAUGUGUACCUCGGGAUGCUGCAUUGCAAUUUAUGGUGUAUUGCUUACGGUUGUGUCCAAACCUACCAUGAAUGAAGUAUACCUCAUCAUUAUUUCCUAUUUCAUCCUAGUCACAUUUUUAACUUUAGAGAUCUGUAUCUCGUUUUUCUCAGAACAAGAGCGGCCACUGAUUGGAACGACGUUUGCACUAUCUGCGACAUACCUGACAUACGCUCUGAUGCCAAUAAGACUGAAAGACGCUCUUUUGGCCGGCACAAUCCUUGCAAUCACCCAAAUUAUCCUUCUCGUUUACGUCGGUCAGUUCUCCACGUUCGCUGAGAUUGGUAGCUGCUUCAUUAUCCUUUUGUGUGCAAAUAUAGCUGGAGUCUGCACCCAUUAUCCCAGAGAAGUGGCCCAGCGUAAAGCAUUCCUUGAAACCAGACAAUGCAUUGAAGCUCGACUAAAAAUACAACGAGAAAAUCAGCAACAGGAACGUCUACUUUUAUCUGUAUUGCCACGACAUGUAGCCAUGGAAAUGAAAGCUGACAUUGCAGGUCAGCCAAAAGAAGAACAAUUUCAUAAGAUCUACAUCCAAAGGCACGAGAAUGUUAGCAUCCUCUUUGCCGAUAUUUGCGGAUUUACCACACUGUCGGAUCAAUGCACCGCAGAAGAGCUAGUUAGAAUAUUAAAUGAAUUGUAUGCAAGGUUCGACAGAUUGGCCGCUGAACAUCAUUGUUUAAGAAUCAAACUUUUGGGCGACUGCUACUAUUGCGUUUCAGGAUUGCCUGAACCAAGACCGGAUCAUGCUCAUUGCACUGUCGAAAUGGGCUUGGAUAUGAUUGAUGCUAUAGCUCUCGUACGGGAGGUAAUGAACGUUAACGUGAACAUGAGAGUGGGCAUCCACACAGGUCGUGUGCAUUGCGGUGUCUUGGGCCUCCGGAAGUGGCAAUUCGACGUUUGGUCCAACGAUGUGACGCUGGCCAACUACAUGGAGAGCGGCGGCAUUCCCGGGCGGGUUCACAUCACUAAGGAGACCCUCAAAUGUCUCGGCAACGAUUAUGUCGUCGAAGCAGGAAAUGGAGGAGACAGGAACUCGUAUCUGAAAGACCAUAAUAUCGACACCUAUUUGAUUGUUGCGCCUUCGUACAGAGGGGGCUCAACUCCAUAUCAAGGGCAACCCAUGAACGGAAAUAUAUCAAAGGAAAUGAGAAUUAUGGGUCAUGGUUCACAUCAUGGAAAACAUUCAUCAAAGCUGGGAUUCAACGAUACGCCGGAGAGGGCAAAGAAUCCCGAGGACGAGGUCAACGAAUACCUGAUGAAGGCCAUCGAUGCUCGCAGCAUAGACAGAUUAAGGACCGAACACUGUCGAACUCUUCUGCUAAACUUUCGGGACCCCAUCAAAGAAUCAAAGUAUGUUCACGAAAAGGAUCGAAUGCUUACCUUGUACUUCUUCUGCUCUACGUUUUGUUUCUUCACAAUAUUUUUAGUACAAAUAGGUAUAUUUAAGAGAAACGAUACUGCUGUGCUGUGUUCUAUACCAAUAAUUUCCUUUUUAAUUUUUAUACCAAUUUUAGUUUAUGCAGACAACAUUAAUGUAACGAAUUUCCACAUGAAAAUAUUUGCAAUAUCGAAGCUGAUACACAAGAAUCGGAAUAUUGCUCAAAUAUUCUCUUUCAUAAUGGCCGUCUGUAUAUAUGUGCUAGUCAUGUUACAAUCGAUAUCAUUUCCGAGUGAAAUACAAUGCCUGAAUGCCACGUUCUCGGGUGAAAACUGUACAAAUCAAGUGCAACCAAAAAACGAAAACGAAAGCAAAGAAGACUGCAAACCUUAUUUUUUAGUAGAUUACCUCCUCUUGCUGGUGUUGCUGUCCAUGAUCGCGUGCGCCGUUUAUCAAAUCCUUAUCUCCCUUUUCAAGACAAUCAUUUUGUUGGGAGGAAUGGCCGGUUUCCUCGCAUUAUACCUCACCUACUCCAAGGAGGUGUACAUUAUUUAUAAACUGAUCUGUUCUCACAAACCUGGUGGAUAUACCAUCACAUUGCAGUACAUAAACAUAGUGAUUUUAGUCGGAUUUGUAAUAGCUUUAAUUCUGCAUGGACAACAAACUGAAGCUACUUACCGGCUGGAUUUUGUCUGGAAAUUACAGGCAACUGAGGAAAAGGAGGAUAUGGAGCAUCUGGAAGCUUACAAUAGGAAAUUGCUCGCCAACAUCUUGCCCAUACAUGUGGCGGAACAUUUCCUGAAUAGUGAAAAAAAUAACGACGAGCUUUAUCACGAACAAUGCGAUUUCGUCUGCAUAAUGUUCGCCUCAAUCCCGAACUUCUCCGAAUUUUACGUGGAACUAGAAGGCAACAAUGAAGGUGUCGAGUGUCUACGUCUUCUGAACGAAAUCAUUGCGGAUUUCGACGAACUGCUGUCCGAAGAUAGGUUCCGGUACAUCGAGAAGAUAAAGUCGACCGGUGCCACCUACAUGGCCGCCUCCGGACUAACACAAAACACUUGUGAUAUGCAAGGUUACAGACACGUAACAGCCAUGGCUGAUUACGCAUUGAAACUGCGGGAACAACUAGACAUAGUGAAUGAGCAUUCAUUUAAUCACUUCAGGAUUAGGAUAGGGAUAAACGUAGGACCAGUUGUAGCAGGAGUGAUAGGGGCUCGGAAACCUCAGUAUGAUAUUUGGGGAAAUGCUGUGAAUGUGGCCAGUCGUAUGGACAGCACGGGAAUUUGUGAUAAAAUUCAAGUGACGCAGGAGGUAUAUCAUAUUUUGCACGCUAAGGGAUACCCGUUGACAUGUCGCGGAACCAUAGAGGUGAAAGGAAAAGGAUCCAUGGAGACGUAUUUCUUGGAGGGUCGUUGUAAAUUUCCCUCCGAGACCAAUGUUACUGUAAAUCCAUUAGCCAAUUUGCAUUCUGAUAGUAAAUCCUUUGAUAGGACCACUUUAGGCACAAUUUCUGAAAAAGCAUAAUUUUCUAUGGUCUUAACUCAAAAUCGCAAUAGUUCGCUAGUACUGAACAUUUUAUAUAAAAAUAUUCCAAAACAAUUUCAAACAUCUAACUUCCAAUCUAGCUUUUUGAUACUAAAUAAUUUGUAGAGUUUAGAGCAUUAUCUUAAUACCUAAUGUUACAUAUUAAUGAAAACUUUCUGCUGAACUAUUGUGAUUUCUACUAGAAUUAAUAAAUGUUCUAGUUAAUAAAUUAAAUUGUUGUAUAUAAGAGACUAUAAAAAUAUUAUAUUUAAACAAAACAGAAAAAUUAUGUACCAAAAUAGAUUAUGUGUUAAAUUGAUUAAAAUCAAUUGUUACUCAAAAUACUCCUGUAAAUACUUGAUUUCCGAGUUUAUUUUUAUGUAUAUAUUAUUUUUAAUAAAAAAUUAAUUUAUUACAGUAAUUUAUUG